CGAAUUUUUUCCCCCAUGCAUUGGGCAGCACCAUCAAGUGUCCGCCCUAGCUCAGAUGAAUUCUUGGAUCCUUCAAUGCAAAAUAAAUGUCGUCUAAUCGUACUUCACGUGUUAAGUUCAUUAGAUUUUUGGCUCCUUUAUGCUUAUAUUAUAACCAUCGAGACUUCAUCAAACAAAUUACAGCAAAUAACACAGUUGCCAAAGACAGUACACAUCCAAAAUAGACAUGCCCUCAAAUACAGAAGCCAAACAUACACUGACUUGAAAGUCGAUGAUACUCAGCCUUUAAACCGUUUCUUAGUUCAGCAGUCACUAAGUAUCCUUACAAAACUUUUUAGGUUAUUCAAAAGCAGUCUUCAGCCUCGGAACUGGUCAAAUCUAAUAGGGCUCAACGGGUGCACGGAAGCUUGCUCCAGCAUACACAGCCUCUGAUCCAAGUUCCUCUUCAAUCCUCAAUAGCUAAAGACAUCAAAGGACCAUCGAAUCAGAAUG